GUGCCGGGCGCCGCACGGAAGCGGCCCCGCAGCCAUGUUGGCUGCGAGGGGAAGUGGCGGCCGAGGCCCCGCUAAGAUGGAGGAGCGCAGCCCGCGGGGGGUGUAGGGGGGUUUCCCCCCAGCCCGGGCCACUUGGGGCCCAUGGAGCAGCUGUAGGGCAUUAGUCUGUGGGGACCAGUGUCCGUUUGUUACACGUCACAUGCGGCUCUGAAGCUGUAGAGGAGAGCAGCACUAAGUUCCCUGCUACUUCGUUGUCUGCAAACUAGUUUGGACACCUCCAGCGUUGCAGGGUUGGUGCCAUAAACAGCUUAUCACUGCCACAAUGACAUCUUCAAGCUCUGCCCAGCAUCCAGCAGCUGAGAAUGCCUGCAGAAUCACUCUCGGACAAGCUAACCAGGUGCGACCCAAACUGCCUCUUCUGAAGAUUCUGCAGGCUGCAGGUGCCCAAGGUGAAAUCUUCACCCUGAAGGAGGUUAUGCAUUACCUAGGACAGUACAUAAUGGUGAGGCAGCUGUAUGACAAAAGGCAGCAGCACAUGGUGUAUUGUGGAGGAGACCAGCUGGGAGAAUUGCUGGGACUGGAGAGCUUCUCUGUAAAAGAUCCAAGCCCAGUCUAUGACAUGUUGAAACGGAACCUUACUUCUGCUGCAAUGACAGAUGCUGCACAGAGUCUCGCAAAGGAACAGAGCGUCGAUAAGCCAAGCCAAGACCAGCUGAAGUUUAGCCCAAAGGAAGGUUCUGACACUGUCAUCAUGGAGGAUGAAAGCAGUGCAUCUGCUGUGUCUACCUCAGAGCACAAAUGUGAGAAUUAUGAAGACAAAGACUUAAUAGAAAACCUCUCUAAAAGCAAGAAGCCUAAACUGGACCUAGUGUUUGAGGAAUGGGAUGUAGCUGGUCUUCCAUGGUGGUUUUUAGGCAACCUCAGAAGCAAUUACAAGUCCAGAAGUAAUGGAUCAACAGAUAUUCAGACUAACCAGGACAUAGACACUGCCAUUGUUUCAGAUACUACUGAUGAUUUGUGGUUCCUCAACGAAAGUCCAUUGGAUCCGACCAACGCUGCAGUCAAAAUGGAAGCGGCUGACUGCGAGGAAGUAAAGGAAGGUGACAAAAAGGUGGCUGAGGAUGCAUGUUUGCAUGACUUUGAGGAUUCUCAGUGUUUAAGCGAUGACACAGAUACAGAAGCUGCUUCUGAGGACUGCUGGCAAUGCACCAAAUGCAAGAAAUUUAACUCUCCGGGCAAACGGUACUGUUACCGCUGCUGGGCCCUGCGGAAGGACUGGUACUUGGAUUGUCCCAAACUCACUCAUUCUCUUUCCCUGUCCGACAUUGAUGCUAUGCAAAAUGAAAACAGUGCUGAAGGGAUAGAUGUCCCGGAUUGCAGAAGGACUAUUUCUGCUCCAGUUGGCCCACCUAAAGACAUGUACGUGGUAGAAAACAAAUCGCACGUCAAUCCCUGCGGCUCUAUUGAGUCUUUGGAUUUGGCACGAGAAUGUGAAAGCAGGGGCUCUCUGUUGCAUUUCGCUGAGCAUAAAAAGGAGGAAGAAAUACAGUCUUUAGAGAGUAUAAAAAAAUUACUGAAUCCUUGCUUCCUAUGCCAUCACAGACCGCGAGAUGGGAAUAUUGUCCAUGGGAGGACUGCUCACCUUGUGGCCUGUUUCAAGUGUGCAAAGAUGCUGAAGAAAAAGAGAUCACCUUGCCCGGUGUGCAGGAAAGACAUCGAGAUGGUGAUUAGAAUCUUUAUGGGGUAGUUGUGCCUCUUCAGGCCUCUGCUGAAAGAUAGCACACAGAUUUUCUUGCACUCUACACAGACCCUAACUUCAGAGCUCAGACCGUGAAUACCAAAGACAAUUAAGAUUCAUAAAUGACUAAGAGCACAGAAAUCAACGCUGUACAUCAUAUGAAGCAGUGUCCAUUUCUGCAGUCUGCUUAAAUGAAAGCCUUUUGGGAGCGGGGAGGGACCAGCGUGUUGGUAUCGAUGCCCUAGCUUUGAAAUUGUGUAAAUCCUUUAAUUUGAGUUGGGUAGCUUCAGAAGGAUUCUGCGUUCUGAUAACUGGUCCUUGCAGAAAGCAAGCCUUGGAGAGAGUUAUGACUUUGGCUGUUGGAGCGUUCUCCAGAAAGUCAGACACUGUGCAAUGUCUUGUAUGGGAAGAGUGUGGUGGGUGGGUGGGAAGGACGGGAGGGAGGGGUAGGUGAAGAGGGUUGUGAUUUACAUAAGCCAUUUCUCCAAGGAUCAGUUCUCAUGAAGGCAGUGAGAAGUAAAUACCCAGGUUUCCAAUAAUCCCUGCUCUUCUUUCUUUUUUUUUUUUUUUUAAUGUAGGUGUGUUAGAUAAAGUCAAAGUCCUUUUGCACCCAGACUUGAAGCAAGUCCUCUCAGUUUGUAGCUAUCUCAGGUCACAUACCAGUUGGCAGAAGAAGAAUAGGGUGUUGUACUGUGCUUUGUUAUUAGAUCUUUUCAUUUGUAUCGAUUCUUUUUUCAUUUAAGUACGCUUCUAUGUCAGCUGUUACAGCUUUGUUGAAGCCUGUCCAGUUUUAGGUCAGAAUCUGGUGUGCCAACUGGAUUAAGCUAUAGCAGCUCUUUGCUCAUAGCACCAGUGCAACUUCCACCAUUGCUCCGUUUCAUCUGGUCAGUCUAGAAGAUGCAUCACUUUGUGUGAUGUGGCUUUACAGUCAGGGUAUGGGCCUUUUUGGGGAUAAAAACAAUCCUGCAAAGCACUGAUGGCAGCUGGUUAGUCUAUGGGCUGUGCUUAGUGUUCAUUCUUUCGAGUUUUCUGCGCUGAUUUUCUUACCCCCGUGAUUUAACGCUUCAGAUCUGUUCCAGCAGAUUUGUUCUGUCUGUCCUUGAAAGCUUGGUUGCUCUGCUGUUUGUUAAAACUCAGUUGGGGCUUGCAGUUUAAGCACGUCUUACUCUUUUCAGAGAUUGUAUGUGAGAGUGUGCUCAGUUCUUCCUCAGCCUGUCUCCCUGAGGCUUCGUGUUCAGAGUAUUCCCCCAUGGAGACGACCUGUGUUCUCUCAUGAGUGGAAAGCAGGUGGGUGCAGUCCUGAAGCAGGGAGGAAUUGUAGGGGUGUAAAGCCUUGGGGCUCCCAGAGAACUGCCUGCAGGCAUCUCGGGUGCUCUGAGAUCCCUGGGGAACAAGGCAUUCCUCUUCUGUUCCUCUACCAGCUUUCCCCUCUGUGCAAUCUGGACAGGGCAGAGGGCUGCAGAGUCGAAGGGAGAAGAUGGCGCUGUGGGAGAAAGCACUGAGCAGAACUUGUAGUUUUCUAAGUCUUUAUUUAAAAUGUGAUGUUAACAAAUGGUCUUGCCAUCUAUCUAUUCUGGGCUCUCUAAUGUGAGCCAGAGAGGUGGGGGGGAGGCAGCUCUUGGCCUGUUCUUCAGUGCUUUGAAGGGCCCCUAUGCAGUAGCAGUCGUGCCUUCCCCUCUAGCUUUCAGUAUACAAGUAUUUCAAUUCAGUCCAGUGUGUAGGAUAUGCCCUGUUUCAUCAUCUUCUGCAUGAUUCCCUCUCCAAUCUAGGAAGUGUUCCGCAGAGAGAAGAAAAGAAGGCAGUGUUCAGACCUCAGAGCUUCUCUAGGCUGUUUCCCAGUUGCUUUCCACACUCCUUGUGCUGGUCCAGUCCUGGCAGGUCAGGUGUGCAGUGGAAGGCCCCCAGCACCUGCCUGGCUCAAGGUCCCAGCAAUCUGUCAUGGCAAACUUGUCAUUCCUGUGCAGCGACGUUGGAGUAGGUGCUAUAUGCAGUCACUGCCGAAAGUCAGAGCAAUUUUACAUUUUACAGAGUAUUAUGAUUAUUUCUGUGUUGGUUGUUAUUUAGCCUAUUAUUGUUGGCUGUUAUUGACAGCUGUGUCGUAUAAGAGGAUAACAGUCUGACAUUUGCUGCACUAUCUGUAAGUAUAUGGGAGUCGGUCCACGUGGAGGAAUUUACUUCUUGCUCCCCUAACUGAAGGGCUGUUCAAUGCAGGUGAUGCACUUUAGUCAUGCUAAGCUCAGCAGCAUUAUCCCCUCGAAUCACAGAAGGGAGUUCCUGCCAGGUAGUUGCUUCCAUUUGCAGAUAGGCUCCUUAAAAGGGAGAAAAUGGGCUCGGGCAGCGUGCGUGGUGGCACUCUGCAGCACUUCUGAAUACUGUGAAUUCUCCCUUCCCCCCCCCCCCAACUGCUUCUAAGAACAAAACAUUUUGCUAAGAGCAGUUGUACCGAAUUGUUCGGGUAAGGCUGCGCUGAAAAGCAAUUUGUGCCGACCAAACAAACGUCAGGAGAGUUUAGGUUCCUGUAAUGGGUUGAAUAUCCUUACCAAAACCUACUGAGAUCUGUAUGCAGCUUCUAUUGUUAAAUGAGAAUUGUGAUUUAAAAAAAAAAAAAAAAAGAAUCUGCAGGAUAAGCUUCAGGCUAACAGUCUUCUUAUCUGUGUCUUUUCCUCGGGUGUAACCACGUUGUUUACAGCAUGCAUUUGCCAAGUUCCUUAUUCUUUUUUAACUGAAGCAGUGCUCGUGAUGUCUAACAACGUUGCAGUUGGUUUUCCUUUCCCUAAAAGAAUAAGCUAUUGCCGUGCAAGCGGAAUUGGAAGUGCCCAGGUUGUGGCGAAGGCAGAGGGUGGGUGGGAGGGUCGUAGUGAGGGAGAAGGAGGGAAGAAGAAUGUCGUAUUGCUUUAACUGAAGUGUGAGGCUGAAUGAGGGGUAAUUCAGCAAGAGCUGCUCUUUAGGUGACGCGUUGUAGGAAGCGCAGGCUGGAGCUGUGGGUUGAGGAGCUGGCUGAGAGCACUCGGCUGUGAUGUUUCCUUUUGCAGUGCCAUGAGAUGUUGGCCAGACCGUGCUAUUAGUUUCCUUUUCCACGUGUGCUUUUUGUUGGAGGUGGGUGUUGUGAACUCAUGUUCUCUGAAAACAUCCCUGGCAUCUCACUGUGCGUAACAGCUCCCUCUCUUACUGUGGUUUCCCUAUGAAGUGCAAUAUGGCAGAAGCAAUCUGUGGGUAAGCCUAGCAGCGUUGCUGUGUGUCUGUUUGGGGAAGGGCUGAGCACAGCUGCCUUUGGUCUGUCAGAUUAGAAAGGUUUCUGUGUUCUUUGUUGGCAUUGGUUGCUGGUCCUCAGGAACCUGCUGUCGUCUCAGCAGUGAGUGUGCUCCUAAGCUGGGCUUCAUUCAGGAGAUCCCUCUGCUUUUCAGCCAGAAGUUCUGGCACCAUUUAUCUCUGGAAGCAGCACGCUUCUCACUUCGAUGGAUCCCAUGCUCUGCUUCAGUAUCCAUGAAUCUGUACAGUGCUCUGCAGCGUGAAACCGUGUGCACACCUUCAUCCUGUCUUGGCAGCUGGAGGUGCACACACUGCAUUCACUCCUGCAGGCCUUCCCAGUCUAAGUGCCUCUUUGCAGUUACUCCUGGUGACUUCUCUUGACUGCUGCACCUCGCUGUGUGGUCCGUUGUCUGUCCCUCCUCUGCUGAGGGUAAAUAUUCAGCUCAAUUUAUCCUUGCCAAAGCCGUGAAUUAAGGGGAAGCCUUUGGAGCAGCCCCCAGAGCGCUUGUUUCUUCUGAGUGCUGGGCCUUCCCUUGAAGACAGUUAUGCAAUGCACAGGCAGAAAGUUCAUAUUUGUUAAGGUGCAUGCUGGAAGCCAUGGUGCAGCUAGCUAGCGUCCUCUCCAUCCUUCUGCAUCCAGCACUGAUUGUAGCUGCUGCUGAGAAGCUGCCUUUGCAGAAAAAAAAAAAAGUGGCUGCUGGACAAAUGGAAAUGGUGUGAAAACGGAGUGGUUGCAAACCCGCUGGGGUAGCUUGGUUUUGCCUGUUCCCAGCUUCGUCUUCCUCUCCUGGAAGAAGAGAAAUGCUCUCCUCAGAGGCCUUCAGUGGAGGCUGGCUGUUUUGGGUGACAGCAUGGUUAAACGAUGGAAGAAAAGAUUCAGAGCCUUUGUCCUGGCACAGUGCGUGGGGCAGAAGGAAUUCCUUGAAUCCUGAGCCACCUGAACACCUGCAGGCAGCGUCAGGAUGCUCGAAAAGGAAGUGCUGCGAGGCUGCUUGCUCGAGAUCAAGGAGGACACCUGCAAGUGGUGUGGGGGGGUGAUAAGCAGGGUGUGCUUGGAACAGCUCCAGAACAAUGGAUCACCUCCAGGCAGCAGCUUUCCUGCUCUGGAAACCUUUUUUUUUUUUUGGUUAUCUGUCCAAAAUGGCUGGUAUUCUACUUCCAAAGGAGGAUGGAAGUGAGAUCCUCCCUGUAACCAGCUGGUCAUCAGCCACAAGCUGGCUUACACACCAUUGCACCUUGCUCUCUGCGCUUGUUUACAUGAACACAGACAGCCGUUGGGUUUGCAGCCCUGUUUUUCUGUGCUUUUACCCUGGUCGUGUGCAUUUGCUGCCCACAUCCGUGUGUGAUCGCUGCAUCCUGCUGCUCCGAGCAGGUGCUUCGCAGCACGUGGCUGCUGAACUCUGCAAUAGCUUCAGCACCUCUGCCUUGCAGAAGACACAGCUGCCUUUGAGGAUGGGUCCAGGAGGAUACACAAAGAAGGCAGGAGCGUGUUUUUACCUCUGGCAGAGAUAAUUAAGACUUGUUGUUGUGCAAAGCGUGUUCUCCUGCCCGCUCUUCCUAGCACACUGCUGCAGUUUUGUGGAUCUGAAUCUCUUUUUUUUUUUAUUUUUUUCUUGUUUAGAAAAGCUGUAUCUGAGUACCCACCCACGCAGUCACCACAACCUGUGUUUGCACUAUUUAUAAAAGGCACGUAGCACAGAAUGGACGGCCCGUUUUUGUGUCCUGCGCCUGAUGAAUUUAAUUAAACCGAGCACAUCAUGCUA